CGGGCUGGGGCCGCGGCCCGUUUAUAGCCGUGCUCCGGCCCGCUCGCGCGGACAGCGGGCCCUGCCUCUCCCCGUGCCUGCUCCGGAGCGGCUCCGCCAUGGAUCUGCAGAUCCUGGAGCAUCGCGUGCGGGUGCUGAGCCUCGCCCGCCGCGGCCUCUGGCUCUACACGCACCCGCUCCUCAAGCUGCUGCUCCUGCCCCGCCGCAGCAGGUGCAAGUUCUUCAGCUUGACAGAGACUCCCGAGGACUACACCAUUAUGCUGGAUGAAGAAGGCUUUAAAGCCGUGACUCAGGGUCUCUUCAUCCAAUGUCUGGCACAUGUAAACUCCAGCCCUGCCCCUUGCCGAGGGUGUCAUCGGAAUUCCCUGGACAAAAUCACAGCAAAGACAAGACAGAUGGAAAAGGAAGCCAAGGAGCUGUUCAGGUCCUAUUUGACUCACCAGGGCUUGCUUGUGUCCGACCUUCGCCGACUCUGCGAUGAGGCUGUACAGUGGUUUCCUACAGAGAAUAUAACAGACCAGCCAAAGGUUGUCAUGCUGCAGGAGCUAUACCGGACUCUGGUGCAUAUGAAGGACGCCCUCGAGAACAUCGGGAAGCAGCAGCAGGUGCUGAGCACCCCAGGUGCUGCACUACUUGACAAACUCCAAAACACCCAGUGGGCGGUGAGAGGGCUUCUCUCCAACACCGGCUGCGCCCUCUGUCUCGAGGGCGUCUCGCCCAACUCCAGGCACACCCCAGAGAGACCUGCAGCCACUAACGCUUUCCAACAAAAGAUUGACGGAUGCAAAGUGCUCAGGAACUGGCAGAAGUUCCUGGAGAAACUCGCCAGGGGCUCAGUGAAGAAAGCGCUGCAGGCACUCAGAGAUCAAAGGAAAAGACGGAAAGGCACAAAAAGAAAGGAGGGUUCUUCACGCUCCUGAAUGAGUCGCCCAGUGGGAGCCAGGGAGCCCUAGAUGGCUGCCACCCAGACCUGGUAUGGGGACGGAGCCAGGCUUCCGAGAAAUACUUGAAUGAAAUACACAACUCCUGUUUAACCCUGAGAAGCGGCUGCACAGGAGCCCAGUGCAGGUACACCAGAGCCAUGUCAUGUUCUGGUCCCACACCCAAUGUGCUAGGACGACAGUCCCUCGGGGCCAGAUUGGCAAAGUGCUUGGCAUGCAGCAGCCACCAUUGCUCUUGGGGGUGGGAGGGAUUCUCUGUUGUUCUCAAGUGGUUGGAGGGGAUUCUCCUUCGCUCUCAAUGGGAGCUGCUGGGGACCAGGCACUUACGGAAAGCUGGCCUGAGAGCUUCCAGGUACCUCUGCACAGCGUACAGAAGCCAAGGUGCCUUUUUUCUUAUCAAAAGCACUACUGGAUUCUGCAGGAAUGGUUCAUUGCUGCACUGUUUGAGAUCCUCUACAGUGGAACAGGCUGGAUUCAAAUGCACAAAGAACCAGCAUCUAUCCCAGGGGUGGGCAAACUAUGGCCCAGGGGCUGCAUCCAGACCUUCAGACAUUUUAAUUCAGCCCU